UGCUGCACGCUUUUGUUCCAAAAACUCUGGUAGUUCGUCAGCGGUGAGCGAGAGGUGGAUUUUAUCACUGCUGCUCACCAACAGAUGAUGAUGACACACGUGCCGUUAUUUUAACACAAACCGUAGCGGUGCUGGAGAGCUCAUUUGAUCUAUUUUAUUUAUUUUUUCCGUUUAGGAAGUUAAGCAAACAGCUGGAGCCCUGACAGAUUUUCCUCAAAUCUCACCCGUUGAGUCGGACUAUGACUGUCAGUAGUGUGAACACUUACUAGACGUUUUCUUUUUCCCAGAAAGGAGAGGACGGGCUUCCUGGGCUUCCUCUCCCUCCUGUUGGAUCUCUAUGGAGAGCUGCGCGCUCUCAUGCAACUCCUGGACUCGCACUUCUCGCGCCGUGAACGCUGACUCCACCGACCUGGGCAGCAGAAAACGACACUCUUAACCCUAUUUGAAUGCCUUUGCAAGGAGUUUGCUGGUUCUCGUGCUGCAGGCAGGGCUUCAGUUUGCUGGGACGGGACUAUGGGGAGAAAGAGGAGGAAGAGUCUUUUGAAUUGCGCAACAAGGAGGACUUGACUCCCAAUGGACGGAGUCCAGCUGAGGUGAUUGUUUCUCAGCCAACAGCCAAUGGAACAAACGGGCACACUGUCUCACAGUCACCUGUCAAGAUGAAGAAACUGAUCAGUGAGGAGAAGGAGAUGGGGUUGCAGGAAGAACCUGAAUUUUUGGUGAAAGGCUGGCUGCUGCGGGAGGUGCGAGGCAGUUGGAUAAAGCACCGUCGGUACUGGUUUGUGCUGAGCCAGGAUUCCCUCGACUACUACAGCGGACCAGAGAAAGGCGCUCGCAGACUGGGCACGCUGGUCCUCACCAGCCUCUGCUCGGUCAUUUGGCCAGACAAACAGACGUUCAAGGAGACAGGUUACUGGAGCAUCACGGUUUAUGGACGGAAACACUGCUACAGGCUGUACACCAAGCACUUCAACGAAGCCGUGCACUGGGCCUGUGCCACCCAGAAAAUCAUCGACACCAAGUCCCCCGUGGAAACACCAACACAGCUAUUGAUUCGCGACAUCGAGGAGAAUAAGUUUAAUCCUGAGGUAGUGGAACAUAUUUACCAGCACAACCCCAUCCUCAAGUACACCCAGGGCCCCUUGUAUGCUCCUCUGCUGCCUUUCCCUUACGGCAGUCUGGAGCACACAUAUCACAAUGGGAAAGGCUACAGCUCGGUGCGCGAMGAGGCCGUGAAGCUCUUUAACUGCCUGCAGCAGCUGGAGUCGGCGCUGGAGCCGGUUCCCAUCAUUCAGGGUGUGCUGCAGACCUGCCUGGACCUGCGGUCCCUCCGCGACGAGGUCUACUGCCAGCUAGUGAAGCAGACUAGCUACACGCCUUCCCCGUACACGGCGGCGCAUCUCCGUUACUGGCAGCUGCUCACCUGUAUGAGCUGCUCCUUUCUGCCUGGUCCCAGUGUGCUCAAAUACCUGCGAUUCCACCUCAAAAGAAUUCAGAGCCAGAGUCCUGAAUCUGAGAUGGAUAACUAUGCAUCAUUCAUCAGCGAAGCUCUGGAGAAGACAAAAUGUCGGGAGUGUGUGCCGUCCUGGGAGGAGAUCCAGAUGCUGAUGAAUCGACAGGAGAUGCUGUGCACGGUUCACUAUCCAGGCCCCGGAUCUUGCCAGCUCUACAURAGCUCGCACACCACUGCCAAUGAGGUGGUCCGAAGGAUGCAGGAGAAGCUUGGCCUUCGUGACAGUAGAAACACAUUUGCACUGUAUGAACAGAAUGCACUGUGGGAGCAGCCGGUCCCAGGGAGCACUCUGAUUGCAGACAUCCUGACCAGCCUCACCACCAAAGAGUCAGAGUCAAAAUCCCAGUGGAAACUGUGUUUCAAACUCUACUGCCUGCUGGACGCAGACAGCAUAUCAGUGGACAGCAUCGAGUAUCUGUUCCUCUUCGAGCAGUGCCAUGAGAUGGUGGUGCGUGGUCAGCUGCCAGCCUGUGAGGAGGACCUGCAGGCUCUGGCUGCCCUGAGGCUUCAGUCACUGAUGGGAGACUUCAGCACUCACGCCCCCUGCCCACCCCUGGACGAGCUGGUCCCGGGUCACAUGCUUGAAACCAGAGUCCUGUUGUCUCUCUCGGCCCCCCAGGCGGUGCCACCGUGUCAGGUGGCGGCUCAGGGCUGUCCCGCGACGCAGCGCUUCCCUACCAGCCUCCUGUCCGGGACCCUGUGGAGCCACAUGGCUGCAGCCGCGCACAAACAGAAGGUGGAGCACGACAAGCUGCUGCGGAGUCGGCUGAAGGAGGAGUCGGCGGCUGUCAUGGCUUCCAUCUUGGAGCGGUGGAGGGAUCUGGCUGGUUACAGCCGCAGGGACAGUAUGGCUGCCUACCUCACAAUUGCACGCCAGUGGUCAGGCUUUGGAUGCACUCUUUAUGAAGUGGACUUUUAUAUUAGCUCAACAGGGAAUUUUUCACAGAAGCUGUGGCUGGGUGUAGCUGCUACGUCCGUGUCUCUGUACAAGCAGGGAGAAUCAGAAGCGCUGGAGUCUUUCCCUUAUGGACAGAUCUGCUCUUACGGCGUGUCUGACAGCAAUACCUUCAGGAUCACAGCAGGGGACCGGGAUCUGAUAUUUGAAACCACCAAGCUGACUGAGAUCAUGCAGCUCAUGAAUGCYUAUUUCAGCGCCAUCCAUCACCAGCGAGAAAAAGGGGAGGAACCAGACAUCACCAUCACAGAAAGCACGGAGUUUGGGUUCUGUCACCUGGCCUCGACACCAACGCCCACACUUCUGGAGCUGCCCUCUCACCCUGUCUGAGAAGAACUUGUGUCAAGAUAACACCCUCCCACCCUCCCCUCCACCAGUCCUCAGGAUCCCUGUGCCUCUUCCACUGGGAAUAGCACAGCCGUCAAAACAAAGAAAGGGCUGUUUUCCCUCCUCGUCCAUUGAAAAUAAACCUUUGCUGAGCUUUCUAGAUGAAAGGCUACGACGGCGUAUUAGGGCRACUCAGAAGAAGAAAAAAAAAGAGUAGCGUUUCUUUUUUAAGUUUUGAUUUUAAAAUGUAAAUGUUGAGAUUCUAAUGUUGGAAAUCAAUAAAACGGCUGAUUUAAUUGACAGAAGAAAGUUGCAAUGUUGAAGGACUUAAYUCAAAGGGAGUGAAUCUUGCUGUACUCCUAAUCUGGAUUGUAAUUGUUUCAUUUGUUUUUAGGUCAUUACUCUUGAAUCUGAUGGUUAUAGGUGUAUUUUACUCUGCUAACUACAAAAUAGCAUGCAUUUUAUAUUAAUCCAAUGUGCAGUUUAUUACUCAGAAUUUGUUUCCUUCACAAUAAGAGCCUCAAACACAUWCAUCGGGUACUGACUUUUAAAUACUCAAAAUCUUUGGUGACAUAGGCUGCAGUGUCAGUUUCACUGAAAAUAAAAGUGUCAAAUAUUUCAAGAGAGAUUUUUAGGUUAGCACUCAGCCUCUUAUUGUGAAGGACAAAACCAAGGUCUGUGAGGUUUUUCUGCAGCAUGAGUGAUUAAAUUUACUUCAGCAUGGUACAGUUGAAAUAUUCCAUGUUAUUUUGAAGAUAAUCAAUUAAAAGUGCACCCAUAACACUCACACAUAAAAGUAAAUUCCCCCCAGUACAUCCUCACUGCAAUGGUGUUGCAACAACUUAACUCUUCUGUGAGGGGCAUCACUGAAACAAAAACAGUUGGGCUCAGGAGCAGUGCAGAAAGACAACUUAAUUUUUUCAACAUUGCAACGUUUUCCGUCAAUAAAUUUGACACUUUUUUUCUGUCAAAAAUAUUUACUCUCAACGCUUACAAUUUCAAUCUCAAAAAUAAAAAAAGAACCAAACGUCUGAGGGAACCUAAUACUCCAUUGUAUGAAAGACUCAGCCAUAAAAUGACUAAAGAGGAGUUGGGGAGGGUAAGACAAGGGGCUCGGCUUUUGAGCACAAAAUCACCCAGAAACCAACCUCGCUCUGCCUUCUUCGACAAGAUGUUGACACGAGUCGUGUCGCAUCAAAAAACUCMAGACUUGCAGUAACCAUAAGCUGUGGUGCUCCCAUCAGAAAGCUCUAGCUUCGAGUGAAAACACUACCCUUUAACCUCCUCUGUAUCUCCUGGGGUGUGCCAUAUUGGAUUUGCCUUCCCAUGAAGGCGGUCAUCCUUCACGCACUGCUGGAAGAGUGUUGAGAACACUCAGUUAUACACUCAUCAACCCGCCUGGUUUUUGCUGAUCUGUUUCUCAGCCACGCACACACACACUCUGAUGCUUUUUCUCACGUGCCCCUAUGCUGACCCGUUCAUCAGAAAGUCCGUUUUCACAAGGUCCCGGAUGGGCUUGCAUUACCUGGAACUGUUGAUGCAUUGAGCCAUUUGAACUUGGAACUGGAAGCAGAUGUUGAGCUCCGUUGUAGUCGAGUCACUUUGGCUGCCUUCGRUUUGUAGACCUCCAUUCUAACGGGUUAACUGUUUCAGUUUGAUCACAAAAACAAAACAUUUCUCUGAUGUCACAUUCAGGACUGUGUUUCAGAGAAAUCAAAGGAUUUAGGAGCUGUUUUUUUUUCCCACCACGUUGCCACCAAAUGCUCUGAUUUCUCCUUUGUCGUGCUGCUUGUCCUGGCUGUAGCCCUGGACAUGAAACUUGGAUAACACUUGACUGGCUAACUUUGCUUGAGUCACUUAACUAUCCCAAUUCAGCUUUGUUAUGCUGAAGAUAACAGGUGCUUCUUUGUUUAUUUUUAUAAUGUAUAUAUAAUAGAAAGAAUGCCACAAAGCUUAAUAACUUCGAUAAAUUAAAAAGUGACUGGUGUAUUCCCCAUGCAGAGCGCCAUCUGUCCCCUGCCAUUUAGUCAAACAGUUUUCUAAUCUGGCCAUGGUUAUUUUUUUGUAUUUAUGCAGACUUCACCCCUUUUUUUAAGUGUACUUUCGGUCUUAAAUGUAGGCUUUUUCUGAUAUUAGGUUUGCUUUAACUGACCGGGCCAUAGAUGGUUUUGACUCUGCUCUCUAAAGCACCUUGUGUGUUAACUCUGUGUAGCUCUUUUUCUGUUCAAKAUUUGAAUACUUGUGUGAAGCCAAAGUAUUGCCUGGUCAUGAGUUUGAGCAUGGACCAAAGAUAAAAAAAAAAUCAUAUUUUAGAUGAUAUUUUUCARGAAUGCAGACAGAAUACCUAUAUYCAUACUCAAAUAGGUAGAGUUUGAUUCAUUUCCAAUAGUUUGAUGUACGACUUGUUUUUUUUUUUUGUAGGUAUGUUUUGUACAAAUAGCACUACAGUUCUGUCUACUACACAACCCCUUAAAAUAACCUAAAAAACUUUAGUUUCUUCACCGUAAAAUGCCUUGACAAGUCAUUACCCUGUCCCUGYCUCAGAAGCAAGUCUUUAGCUUUUUUUUUCCACUGCAGCUGCAGGCAGCUCCAAGCUACAUGAAAAAAGGAAAGAAGAAAAAAAAUUGCAGAUGUCUUUGCUUAGUAUUAAGCUUGUUUGUAUGCUGCAUGGUACCUUUUUAAUGUAAUAUGUAAUGUAAUAUAUUCAAUUGCACUAUUAUUUUUAACUAACCUGGGAGUGCAAUAAAAACUAUAAAUACUGUUGUUGUAAUUAUUAAUAAAAAAAUACCUGUUUUA